AUGAGCAAAGACACGAUAAAGACACUUCCAGCCCAUCACGAGUCCAGCUUGUCACCGCAGAACGUAAUAGAUCUGUUUAAAGUUACGUUUGAUCAGGAACUAUACCGUGAUGACCGUCAGACUUUGAGCGAUGCGAUACAAAGUGUGAAAACGGAGUUGUACAACCGAAACUACGCUGCAGCGUUUGACUCGACUGAAAAGAGAACCGCAUACUGCUGCAGAUGGUCUCCCUCGAGAGCAAUUGCGUACACGUCGUUAUUUUGUCAUUUGGACGCGGUCAGAGAUAUCGUUCAGAGCAACACAAAUAGCGAGAUUCUCUGCAUUGGAGGCGGUGCCGGCGGCGAACUUGUUAGCAUUGCGAGUAUCUUUGCGCCCUCUAUCGACUUCAACGCCAAGUAUUCUACCAACAAAACGGAACUUCAGAAUAAAACUCUUCGGGUCAAGCUUGUGGACAUUGCCGACUGGACCACAGAGGUGCAGAGACUUACUGAAAAACUGCAAGAGACGUGGCUAUUUGACCACGCCGCAGACUUGGACAUUCAGUCAAUUAAUAAGGAUGUCCUGAAGAUGGCCCCGGAGGACCUAAAUCUGCCGUCCUUGAACCUGAUCACUUUGCUAUUCACCACCAAUGAACUUUUUAUGGCAGAGAAGGCAAGCAGCAUCAGAUUCUUUCAAAGACUCAACAAGGACUGUGCGUCGGGGUGUCACUUACUUAUAGUCGAAAGCGCUGGCAGUUACUCGCACAUCACCGUGGGUACCAAGAAGUUCCCGAUCCAGUACCUUAUCGACACGUUACUUCUGGGGAAGAGAGGACAAGAGUCUACAGGUGCCUGGGACUUGGUUCAAGAACACGAUUCGCUAUGGUAUCGCAGCAAAGACGAAAUUGAUUAUCCAUUGAAAGUGGAAAACAUGAGAUUUUUCUACAGACUCUACAGAAAGAAAUGA